AUGUACCAGCACUUGACGUGGAGGUUCAUCCUGUCGCUCUUGUUCCUCGCCAUUAUCUGGCUCCUCGGUUCCAAGUCGUUUGAUCCAUACCCAGGCGUCGGUAUCGUUGGCCAUAGUAGUUUCAAGGGAUUCGAGAUGCUGCUGCAAAGUCUCUUUGUGGUCGAGCCAUAUUACUGUGCUGAUCUCCUGUUCCCCAAGCGCAUGGCACAAGCCACGUUUUAG